AUGAGCUGGCAGGACAUUUUCAAAGAGAAGCUUGCAGAAAUGUAUGUAACAGAGCAGUGGACACUUCAGGAGGAUGACACCCUGCAGGCGCAGGCCCUCAGUCCUGGCUGGAAGGAGUUUGUGCAGCGCCGUGCUCUUGGCAGGUUUCAGUGUUCCCAGUGCUGUCAUAAGUGGACUUCGGCCAAAGUGCUCAUCCUGUUCCACAUGUGCUGGUGCCCAGGCUGGGGCACCGUAUGGAUGCGAGUCUUUCGCCAGGAAUGCAGGCGCUGCCGCAACCCCCAGCUGGAGUAUCCUGAGUUCAGCCUGGAGACUAUGGAGAGGAUUCUGCACAAUCUGGUGGUGAAGAUCCUCCAGUAUUUCUACAAGAAGCUUGUCCGGUCCUCUGACCUUCUGGAAGUUGUGGUGGAUACACCAGUGAAGGGGCCACACGACAGUGCCCACUGCGAGGCCUGCAGGCUCGGCAUUUGCAACAAGUCAUGGCAGGCCCCGGCAUCGGAUGCCCGGAAAGACUUGACAGAUGUGUGUCAAUACGCAGCAUGUGAUGACAGGAAGAGCUUGUUAGAUGCAUAUAGGUCCCUGAAAUGCCAGCGCUCAGGGCCCCACAGAGCCUCAACCCAUCGCCCCUCACCCUGCAAUAGCAACUUCCUCUGGAAACGCUACUGCUGCAUUGGCAGCUCUUUGCUCUUUGUUUUGGCAAUGAUCAUCUUCUUCGUGGUUUAUUUCACCAGGAUGUAG